AUGAGCCUUCCAUCCCCAAUAUUAACCUUAAAAUGUCAAUUACCUGGGCUAGACUAUGUUUUGUUUGUCAAAGGUUUAGGACCACACAAUAUCAGUUAUGCUCAUGCACAAGACAAACCUCCAAAGGAGAUAAUUGUUAGCCGUAAAUGCGCUGAGGCUGUGCUUCGCGGUGCUCAGGUAUAUGUUCCUGGUGUAUUGGCUUGCAGUGCUCACGUUGAGAAAGGGGAUGCAGUUGCAGUAUCAGUUGCUGUGGAGCAGCCUGGACAGGAUGGUGGAUGGGGCGUUGGUAUGACACGUGGAACUAUUCUACAGGGAUUGCAGACAGGCAAGUCAGUUUCUGCAGUUAUUUACUGAGUACACUGAAUGACCUUCAGCGUGAAUUGUUUAAUGUUUGUUCUUUGGACCUUGAUUGUUGGGAUCUGAAACUUUAACCAUGAAAAUGACCAUCAAAGUAACAGUUGGUGAAAUUCAUUGGGUUAUUAACAUUAGAUGUCAGUGCACUGUCCUUAAAAAUGGAGGU